CAGUAACUGACUAACUCUCUCAAAUCAGGAAGAGCUGACACAAACAUGGAAGGCAGCUGUACAAAACUACGAACCUACAGACCCGACUGUUUCUCUGAACGCUGAAGAUUUCUCAGUUUAUGUGGUUGAUCUGGAUCACGGCAUGAAGGACAAAAACCCCAUUGAUAACGUCUAUUUCUACAGCAAGAGGAAACCCAAUGAAGCUUCUGCCAUUAACGAUUAUCAGCUCUCCAGUUUCCUGCCAGAGAAGUUUAAUGAAGAGCUGGUCAGAGUUUACUACAAAAUAACUGAUGGGAAUAAAGAGAAGGAGAAGAAGAAAGUGGAGGAGGCUGAGAAGUGCUUUCAGAAAUGGUGUAAAUCCAAAUUUGGAAUCCAGUAAUGUGUAUUUGGUUUAUAAUAUAUGAUAUUUAA